UUUAUUUAUUGGUCGAAUCAGUAACUUUGUUCUAUAAUCUGUUAUACAUUAAAUAUGUGCAUAUGUGAAUAAAGCGUAUCCAUAUGUGAAUAAAGCGUAUGUAUAUUUUAUAUUGAGGUUAAAUUACGAUAACCUUUUAUAUAAAGAAAUAAUGUUAAUUAAAAAGUGUAAUACAUAUCAUGCGUAUUUGAUUAUAACAGAAUGUGUGAUCAUUAUAGUUCAUGUAUGCAUGUCGUAUAUCUACUGCAUUCAUAUUGUACUAUAAGGUAUAUAUGUAUUGCUAUUGUAUGUAAAGAUACAUAUGUUUACAUAUAUGGAUACGUGCAUAUACAUAUAUAUUUAACACAUAUUUAAAUACAAUUCGGUACAUAUUAUGUUUGAUGUCUGCCUGCAAUUAUAAGCUUCAGUUUUAAUUUUUUUGUAUACAUAUGUACAUAUGUACAUACAUAUUAGAAUAAUAUUUCACAAUUAAUGGAUAAAAGAAAACAAAAAUAGCAAAAAGUUAGUGGGUCAUACGCUAAACGCAAUGUCCAAAAUGAAAAGUGAUUCAACAAAAACACAUUUCAGUGAAUCUAAUUAUUUUAUAAGAAAUAGCAAUGAAGAUAAUUAUACCUUAGCUUCUUUUUCUUCCAGAUGUUGACAAUAACGUGAUUAAUUUUAAUACAAAUCAUAUAACGAGUUCCACAAGUCCACUUCCUGUGUCAAAUAGUGCUACAUCUAGCCCAAUUGCUAUAAACAACAAUGGUGGAACAAUGACAAAUACAUACCCUCAAGGAGUGACUUCUUGUGCUAUAUGUGGUGAUAAGGCAACUGGAAAACAUUAUGGCGCUUCAAGUUGUGACGGCUGUAAAGGCUUUUUCAGAAGAAGUGUGAGAAAAAACCAUCUUUAUAAUUGCAGAUUUUCGCGAAACUGUGUUGUCGAUAAAGAUAAACGUAAUCAGUGUAGGUAUUGCCGUCUCAGAAAAUGUUUCAAAGCGGGAAUGAAAAAAGAAGCUGUUCAAAACGAGCGGGAUCGAAUAAGUUGCCGGCGCACGUCGUAUGAAGAUUCUAAUCCAUCGAAAGGUCUAUCUGUUAUUGCAUUGCUAAAAGCUGAAAUGGAAAGCCGGCAGUCAAAAGCAGGAGCAGCAAUGGAGAAUGGGCCAGAUGACAUUGAUUUAAAAAAUAGGCAAUAUGCUAGCAUAAAUGAUGUAUGUGAAUCCAUGAAACAACAAUUAUUAACUUUGGUUGAAUGGGCUAAACAUAUUCCAGCUUUUAAUGAGCUGCAGCUAGAUGAUCAGGUUGCAUUAUUGAGAGCGCAUGCAGGCGAGCAUCUAUUACUCGGUUUAUCUCGGCGAUCAAUGCAUUUAAAGGAAGUGCUUCUCCUAGGAAAUAAUUGUAUCAUAACAAAACAUUGUCCUGACGAGCGUUUAUCACCUAAUUUAGAUAUUUCAAGAAUAGGAGCACGAAUUAUAGAUGAACUUGUUUAUGCUCUUAAAGAUAUAAAUAUUGAUGAUGCAGAGCUAGCUUGCAUUAAAGCUUUGGUUUUCUUUGAUCCGAAUGCCCGCGGACUGAAUGAACCACAGCGUAUUAAGAACUUGCGUCAUCAAAUUUUAAACAACCUAGAAGAUUACGUUUCUGAUCGUCUUUAUGAGUCAAGAGGGAGAUUCGGAGAAAUAUUACUAAUUCUUCCAGUUUUGCAGUCCAUAACCUGGCAAAUGAUUGAACAAAUACAAUUUGCCAAAAUAUUUGGAGUUGCACACAUUGACUCUCUACUGCAAGAAAUGUUAUUAGGAGGAGAAUUGGCCGACAGUUCAUCGCCGUUAUCACCCCCGCUUUUAAGCUCUUUUAGUCCAUCGCAACAGCAGUGCCAAUUGCAACAUCAAAAUAAUUCAAUAAAUAUACUUCAACAAAAUCAUGAUCAUCAACUAAAUAUUCAAUCUGCUAUCGAUAACAAUCAAGAAAUGAAGAAUACAAUCUCUCUUCUAAAUAAUGCCCAAGUAAUUAAUUCAGAAAUUAAUUCUCGAAAUGUGGAAUCAAAUAGUGUUGAUGAUAAUAUGGAAGGUGCCACUAUGCCACCUAUUAUGGAACCAAUUUCGCCUAAUAAUUGUAGUACUACUUCAAAUGUUCCAGAAUUAGAAGUUAAUGAUUAUGUUAAUUUGUCAACAAUAUCACAUCAUUUUGAAAAUCAAAAUUUUCAAACAAUUUCACCAAAUAACGUUAAUUUAAAAAUGUCUUCAAACUGUAUUCGGUAUAUACGGAAUCACCACAGUGAGCUUAAUUUAGCUGAAUGCCACAGCAAUAAAAAUUCAAAUUCUAAUGGAGAUAUUUUGGAAGAAUUUAAUCCAUAUAAUAAAUCAUUAAUUCCUGUUAUGAAAACAGAUUAUAAUAAAGAUAUUAAAAAUGAGGGUGAAGGGAAUCGAAGUAGUAUAAGUAUAAAAGGUACCCUUUCAAAUAAUCAGAUAAACAUUUUAAAACAAGAAAUAGAAACAGUGCUAUAAUUUUAUUAAAAAGAUAAGAAAAAACCUUUAAUGGUUAUAUUAUAUAUACAUAUAUUUAGUACGGCCCUGUAAUGAGUUCCAAUUGUAGAUUUUUACAAAUAAUUAUUAACAAAGUCACUUUUGAAGACUGAACUAUUAUAAAUUUCAGUCGAAAACGUAUGGAAGGUAUGGUAGCACUACUUUUUGAAAUAUAAAAUUCAAUUCAAAAAAUUUUUUCAAUGGUUGAUAAUUUUUCCGAAAUAUAAUUCUUUUUUUUUUUUUUUAUUGGUAUGAAAAGAAAACUUCCUUUUAUUCGGAAUAAAAUACUUUUUUUUAUUUUUUGAAAAAUUUUCAGAAGAAAAUUUUCUUCAGAAGAAAAUCAGCUUUGAUAAAGUGCGUAUGUAGCGCACGAAAUAUAUUAGCAAAAAAUAAAAAAAAAGUAUUUUAUUCCGAAUAAAAGGAAGUUUCCUCUUCAUACCAAUAAAAAAAAAGAAUAAAAAUCAAUAUUUAAUUAGAUUUUAUUUAAAUUUUUUAAAUAUUUUAUAUUUAAAAAAUUAAAUAUUGAUAAUGAUUUAAUAAAAAAAUUAAAAUAUUUUUAAUGAAAAUUAAAUAAAGAGGAGAAGUCAAAAAUUAUUUGUUUAAUUAAUGCCUUAAGGUUAAAUUUUUUAAGAAAAAAAGUAAAACAAAUUUGGACAAGUGAAGAAGGCAACAUUUAUAGAGUUUUUUUAUCAGAACAUGAUAUAUACAAUUUUGCCAUUUCGAGUAAAACAUCACUGAAAUUUUUUUUGUGUUAGUUUUGUUUUGUGUUAACAUUAAGUAGUGAACGUUUAGUGAAGUUGGUAUUAUUAAAAUUUUAACAUAUUUUUGUAUAUCAAAUAAGAUACACACUUUUUCCACUGGCAAUUAAUGUCAAUCAGAACUGAAUAAGUUUACUUAUCUAGUUUUAAAAGUUUUUAAACGUGCGGUUUCACUUAAAUGAAAAUAACCAACGUGAACGUUUAAAUACGAAAUGUAAAAAUGAAUAUGUGCAGAUAUUGCAUUUUCAAAUUGAAACGAAACGGUAAAAAAACAAGAAUACGUUUUCAUUUCAAAAGUGUGCAACGCGACAUAUCUUUAUUUCAAUGUCUUCUUAGAAUAUUUUAUGAUCUUGAGAAGUAAAUAAUUGUAGAUGUCUAAUUUUGUCAGGAAAAUUUUUGGAAUAAUUGGUUAGUUAUAAGUAAUGUUCUUCAAGGAGUUUUUUUAAAAACUACUAACUGGAAAAAUUAAAUUUUUUUUUCUUGCAUUAGAAAGCGGUUAAAAUUUUAAGUAAUAAGCAUUCAUAACUUUUUUUUUGUCAAUCAAAAAUGUAGAAAUCAUAUUCUGAUAAAAAACCCUAAAAUAGAUAAUUCUUUCGUAUCUUUUUGACGUUUUUUUACGAAUGAAACUCAUAAUUAAUAGUAUUACAAAUUUUGAAAGCAAAACUUAUUAAAUCGAAUUUUGAAAGUAAGUUCGAAAUUAAUAAAAAACUUUUAGUGUUUUCUUAGAAAUUAUUAACUAUUGGAAUUCAUUAAAGGGGUAAUAAUGUAAUUAUAAUUCAAAUCGCAUUAUGUAUAAACUAUAUUGUAAACUUGGUUAUUGGCUAAUAUGUGAAUGUAACGUCUAUUAAUUAAGAACUAUUUAAAAAAAGCAAAUUUGAUAACAAUUUUAGUCAAUUAUAGCUGAAAAAUUAUUUUAUAUUUCAAAAAUUUUUGAUAUAUAUGAAAAAUACCUACAUAAAUGUAUACAAGUGAUAUAAUGUGCAUACUAUGGUUAUUUAACUUUUGUUACACGGUUUUUUUUUAAUUUUUAUAUUAUUUUUAAGAAAAUUAUAAUGGCUUUUUCCUAUAUAAUGUGAUGCAAUGAAGCAACGUUUACGAAUUUUUGAACCCAAAAACCAGAAACGUCCAGAUGUUUGCAAAAAAAAUAAAUCGCUUGAAUUUAAAAAUAAAUAACAAUAUCUUAUACCCGAAAAUUUUAACGCUUGCUACAUUGAGGCAAUAAAAUAUUUAUUAUUGUAAUAACUCUUAAUACUAUUUUUAAUUACUCUUAAUAUUUUCAAAAGAAACAUAAAACUUAAGAGCGGAAACCUCUUUGAUAAGUUUUAUAAUGAGAACUUUAAUAUUUGUGUUUUAAGGAUAUAAAAAGAAAGAACAAUAUUUAUUAUCAAAUUUCAUAAAUUUAAUUAUAUAAAUAAUAAUUAAUAAUAAAGUUGUUAUUGAGAAAUAUGUAUGUAUCGCGCUUCCAAAAAGCAGGUUCCGAUUUAUAAAAGAAUUCUUUUGGGCUCAGUUUGUGUAGAAUAUCAAUAGCGCUAUUUUAAGUUUAUAAAUUAUAUGAGUCAGAAAAAUUUUGAAUGUAAAAAAUAACAAUCAUACCAAAAACGUUUUACGCAGAUAAGUUAAUAAAUACCAUGUCUUAAUAUUAUAAUCGGCGAUAUAACAUUUGAUUAUAUACGAAUAAUAAAGUUGGGUCAAACCAAUGGUUUGUAUUAUAGCACUUUUCCCUUCAACAAGGGAAAAUUCUGCUUUUAAAUACAGUCUAUGUAUACCUAUCAUACUAUUAAAAUUAUUUUCAUUCAUAUACAAAACUAUUGCUAGGAUUGCAUAUAUUUAGGAUGACGCAUAUAUGCAGUCUUUGAAAUAAAGCAAAAAUUAAUAUAAAAAGGAGUUAACAUAAUGCUCGAUUUUAAAGGUUAAUUGUGUGGGAUAAGAAAAAUAAUUAUAUUUUUUAAUUUCAUGGAAUUUACCGUUAGCUUUUUGUGUUUAUAGAAAUUUGAAAAAGCUUGCGGUUUCGAAAAUAUAAGGUGUCAAAAAUUCAAAUUUUACAAAUUUCAAGAGGCGAUAACUUGUGAGGGGGUGGAGAUGGAAAAAAAUUUUCUUCCAAUGAAAUGAACUAUUUAUUAAUGUCUAAAAGUCCCUAAAAUUUAAAGCUUCUACAAGCUGGGGUCUAGAAGAAAAACGACAUCAAAAAUUUGGAAAAAAAAGACCUUAGAUAACGGUAAAUUUGAACGGCCAUUUUGUUUUUCUAAAGUUUAACCAUAGUAUACCGCGCUAGGGGAAGCAAGCCGCUGCCUUUAUGCGUUUGCAAAAUUUAAAAAAUGCUUAUGGUUUCAUUGCAACAAAUAGUUAAAAAAGGCCAUUUUUAGGGUUUUGGGGGGGUAUAACUUCUAGAGGGGGGGAGAUAGGUGAAAAUUUUGUUCUACGGAAAUAAGUUUCUAGUAAAGAUCUAUGUACGUACAAAAUUUCAGCUUUCUAUCUUCAAGGGUGUAAAAGUUUUGUAAACAGACACACGGACGGACGGACGGACGGACGGACGGACGGACGGACGGACGGACGGACGGACGGACGGACGGACGGACGGACGGACGGACGGACGGACGGACAGAGUGAAACUAAUAAGCACUUUUUUUCAAAAAAUUUUUGGAAAAGUGCUAAAAAUUUGUCAAUUGAACAAGUCAAAUGAACCAUUCAUGAUGACGAUACUUAAAACACAUAUAAGUAAUAAAAAUUAAAUGUGCAGACAUAUAUACAUAUAUAAAAAAAGGACCAUAAUUUUUUAUUAAAUAUUUAACUUUUGUAAAUCAACACAAUCACACAUGUGGCUCUAAUUUUCUAUCUAAUUUUAUCAUAUAAUAUUUAUUCUAAUCGAUUUUAGUUUAAUAUCUGCAAUUUAUCAAUUUACCAAAUACAACCAAUAAGUAAUAGUCGUCACAAGGCACUACUAUUUUCUUUUUUUGCUUCAGUAAAAUAAAUAUAAAAUUGUAAUAUGGAUAAUAAAGUCACUUGUUCAAAUAUUCGUUUCAUUGCUAAUUGUAAAUAAGCAGACAGCAAAAUGAAAUAGGUUAAGAAUUUUUUUUAAUGUAAUUACAAUUAAACGAAACUAAUUGCAUUUAAUACUAUUUUUUUUACAAAAACCAAAAACAAAAACUUAUACAUAUUAUACUUAUAAGUUUUUUUUUCAUUUUAUUUGGCAUUGGUGCAAAGAUUUUUAUAUAUUGUAAUAAUAGAAAUUUUAUUCAGCACAUGGUUACAGUUCACAACUUUGCAAAAUAUUUGAUUUCAAUUUAUUUUCUCUCUUUAAAAAAUAGGCUUUACAAUAGUGAAUUUCAAAUUAAAUAGAAUUUUAUGAUUACCAACAAAUAACUUAAAACAAUUAAAAAAAUAUUAAAGUUUAUUAAAAUCAUAUGCAAUAGAAAAUCAGGCAUAGGAAAUCGCAAAAGAUAAUAUAUUUGAGGAUGUUGGCGGUAGUCCUAAAAUAAGUUAAUUAAGCAUGUAGCACGAUAAUUAAGAAUAUCAUUUCUCGACCCGUAUGAAUCGAAAUGAUUAAUUGAUUGACAAUAAAUAGUAUUUUUAGUUAUAAUAAAUUUAUAAUAUGUUUAUCCUAUAAAUAUAUUAAAGAUCUACGUUAUGUAUGUGUGCAGUGAUAAGGUUAAAUCUUUUGCCUGAUAUUAUUGCAAAUGUAUUUUAUUAAUUAGUUAACUGCUUUUCUAAUUAUUUUACAAUUUAAAGAGAAUUAAAAUUUGAUGUGAACUCAUAUACAUAAGUAGAUUUCUUGUUUAAUACACAUAUUAUUAUAUUCAUGCGUAAUUUUUUUCAA